UUGCUUUUGAUGAUUGGCGAAGUAAACAUAUCAAAUUAUUUAUAUAAUCGUGCGAUUAAAAGUUAUAGCUAUAAUGCCACAACUAUCAACGAUUGUGAUUAUUUUGCUGGCGUGUGCUACGAAGCUUAAUGCUAAUAACUCGAAUGACGAGGGCAGUUUAAAAAGUAAAAUAGAGACAAAUAAUGAAAAGAUACGAUUGUUGGAACACCAAAUCGCUAUAACAGAUAAGGAAAUAAACAUAACCAAAUCAUUUGAAGAAAUGAUAGCAGUGAUUGCCGCUUUAAGGCCCGAAAUGUUGAAAACCUACCCAACUUAUUGUUUACCGGAUGGAAAAUCUGCCGGAACUCAUAGCAUUCAUUUAAGUGACAAAACUAUUGAGGUGAUCUGUGAUGCAGACACUGCCAGACCCGGUUGGAUUAUAAUCCAACGACGCAUCAACGAUGAUGUCAAUUUUGAUCGAUCUAUGGAUGAGUACAAAGAUGGAUUUGGCAACUUGGAGAACAGUUUUUUCAUUGGACUUCGCAACUUGUAUGCAUUGUUAUCAAUUCAGCAACACGAACUAUUCAUAGCUCUCGAAAGUUUAAGCGGCGAAACGCGUUAUGCCAGAUACAAUAACUUUCAAAUUGCCAAUGAGAAUGCCAGAUUCAAGCUGUUAUCUUUGGGUGAAUAUGAAGGAACUACUAGCGAUGGCUUAAGAGAUUCAUUGGGCAAGAAUUUCAUAGCCUACGAUUCCAAUAAGGGAACAGAGGAAAAGACAACUAGUAAUGGUUGGUGGAUUGACGAAGGUCUGAAUGGCAUAGGAAGCAAUCUAAAUGCUAUUUCUAGUCAAUGGAACACUUGGCCAGUCGGCUUCAAGUCUGUGAAGAUGAUGAUACGUCCGAUAAUGCAAACCAAUCGCUCAUGUGAAGCGAAGGAAGAACCAAAGAAAGUUCAAAAUAUUGCGACAAAGGUUUGCAAUUGGUUUGGGCUUUAAACUUUAUUUUUGAAUGACUGUGAAAGCAUUUAUUUCGAUAUUAAUAUCUUUUAUUUUGAAUAAAUAUCAGAAUAUCUCUUCGA